CUUCCCUCAUCCACACAACUCGCUUCUUGCUCCAGUCUGUCGCUGUCCGUCUGUCUCAAGUACACUUAUUAAUACCAGUCACUCGUUCGACUCUCAACUGUUCGUCUUGGGCCCUUACCCAACGUCUUGUCCUCAGCGCAAGCGAGCUAACAAACCUGAUAGUUCAACAUGCGUUUCACAUCCGCCCUCGUCGCCGGCUCCCUGGCCUUUGUUGCCAGCGCCCAGUCCACCACCGCGAGCCUGAGCCCCGCCCAGACCUCGCAGGUGGCCUGCAUCAAGGACUGCGACGCCGAUGACCUCGCCUGCAUCGCUCGCUGCAGCCCCGUCCCCAACCCCAACGAGGACCAGGUCGAAGCCACCCACAACUGCAUCAGCAAGUGCUACGACGAGCACGGCCAGGGCACCGCCGAGAGCAUCCAGGCCUUCUCCCAGUGCCAGAACCGCUGCAUCGCUGCCGACUACUGGAACUCCUCCGAGGGCACCCCCAAGCCCACUGGUGCUGUUGGUGGCGGUAGCAGCGGCGACAAGGAGGAGUCCUCGACCGCCGCCACCGACAUGGCCUCCGCCACGACCACUGUCACCACCGGCACUGCCACCGUGACCGAGACCGGCACCGCCACCGAGUCGCCCAGCGAGUCUGGUUCCUCCACCGAGACCACUGGCUCCGACGGCGCUGCGGAGACUGGCGGCAACGGCGACAACGCUGCUGCCGGCCUCCUCGCCAAGACGGCUGCCAUUGUCGGCGCCUUCGCUGCCGUCUUUGCCCUGUAAAGUGGCUGAAGACGUGCUAUGGUGACGAUGACGAGUUUCAAUUCGCCAUGUAUAUGUAUGCACAUGUUCAUGCAGCGAGUCACAUUGUCUCAAAGACGGGGAAUGAAGGAUGGGUGGAGAACACGGAUCUAGGGUCCUUGCUUUUCUUGGAUGAUGGCAGGGACACACAAUACAUUAAUUUAAUACCACGAGCAAACGGCCACUUUCUUGACUGCGUCUCGAUCUUUGCGGUGCAUGCUACGAUGGGGCGAGAAUAUUGAACUUGCUGGGUAAGAUGCCAAUACUGGACUCUGGAGGUUCUGCUACCCAGUCAGUGAAAGGUUGCAAGACCCUGGGGUGAGCGGCACUUGGCCGUGAAACAUUUCAACAUCUGCCAUGUUUAUUUGUUGAUACUGCCGACCAAAUAUGAGCCCACGCUCGGCAGGGUCUCAGACUCGGUCUCUGACCUACGUAUCAAUAAUAACUCCGGACUUGGUACACUUG